GCUCGUCUUCGGGCUUUGUCGUUCAGCUCUGGAGCUAGUUGUUGCUUCUGAGUCUGAGCGAUUAUUUACAACAAUGGCGACGCGUUUAUCCUGAGCUAGAUCUAGAAAGCCACCCCUGGUUAACAUAAGGACAACCGGAUGGACUUUACUCAACAUCAACAGGCAACAACUGCAUCCGGAAGAUUUUUUAUUUCAGCAAAAGGACUUAGCAGAGGUGCAUCUGCUAACUGUGCUGUUGUUAGCUAACACAGCGACUCGCUAGCCUGCUGCUAAGUUGAAAAGGUUGCAGCUCUGUUUGGAGAAGAGCAUAGUACCGUUUUGACUCAACACUAAAUAUGGAAAUUGUACGUUGUGCUUAGUUUUCUCCUUCACUGCGAGCCGCGGAGACGCACUAGCAGCGUGAUCGUGGACUCACUUUUUAGAGACUCCCACAGCCGUGUAGGUAGCGGACCAGGCUACUUUGCUAACAGGCUAAUCCCGUGGAUUGUUUGAUUUCUCUGUGGGCUUGAGUCUGUAAAACUGUUGAAGGCACAACAGUAGCUGGCUAGCGCACGACUCUAGCCUGCUGAAUUUCUGUGGCAUUGCGAUACACUUUCGUAAAUGACCACGGGUAGGAACAACCGAGCGAUGAUGGAAGGAGUUGGAGCCAGAGUGGUGCGUGGACCUGACUGGAAGUGGGGGAAACAGGACGGUGGAGAGGGACAUGUCGGCACCGUGAGGAGCUUUGAGAGUCCCGAGGAGGUGGUCGUGGUUUGGGACAACGGGACAGCUGCUAACUACCGCUGCUCUGGAGCGUACGACGUGAGGAUACUGGACAGUGCUCCUACAGGUAUCAAGCAUGACGGAACUAUGUGUGACACCUGCCGUCAACAGCCCAUCAUUGGUAUUCGCUGGAAAUGUGCCGAAUGCACCAAUUACGACCUCUGCACUACGUGUUACCAUGGAGACAAGCAUCACCUCCGACACCGCUUCUACAGGAUCACCACCCCGGGCAGUGAGAGAGUGCUUUUGGAGUCAACGGCGGAGUCCAAGAAAAUCACAGCCAGAGGGAUCUUCGCUGGAGGCCGUGUGGUGAGAGGAGUGGACUGGAGUGGGAAGAACCAGGAUGGGGGCAACGGGAGGAGAGGAAAGGUGACUGAGAUCCAGGAUUGGAGCGCAGCCAGUCCCCACAGCGCUGCCUAUGUGCUCUGGGACAAUGGUGCCAAAAACCUGUACCGGGUUGGCUUUGAGGGAAUGUCCGAUCUUAAGUGUGUCCAAGAUGCCAAAGGAGGCUCUUUCUACAGAGAUCAUUGUCCAGUUUUAGGUGAACAGAAUGGCAACAGAAACCCAGGUGGUCUUCAGAUUGGGGACCUGGUUAACAUAGACUUGGACCUAGAGAUUGUCCAAUCUCUCCAACACGGUCACGGGGGCUGGACUGACGGCAUGUUCGAGACCCUCACCACCACUGGUACAGUGUGUGGCAUUGACGAAGACCAUGAUAUCGUGGUGCAAUACCCCAGUGGUAACAGAUGGACAUUCAAUCCUGCAGUUCUGACAAAGGCCAAUGUGGUGCGUAGUGGAGAGGUGGCGGCGGGGGCAGAGGGGGGCAGCUCACAGUUCAUGGUGGGAGACCUGGUCCAGAUCUGCUAUGACAUUGACCGCAUCAAGCUCCUACAAAGAGGACAUGGAGAGUGGGCUGAGGCCAUGCUACCUACCCUGGGCAAAGUUGGGCGUGUGCAGCAAAUCUACUCUGACAGUGAUUUAAAGGUCGAAGUUUGUGGAACCUCGUGGACGUACAAUCCUGCCGCUGUCACCAAGAUUGCUCCCUCCGGCUCUGCUGUCAGCAACGCCUCUGGAGAGCGCUUGUCCCAGUUGCUGAAAAAGCUGUUUGAGACACAGGAAUCAGGGGACAUCAACGAGGAGCUGGUAAAGGCAGCGGCUAACGGAGAUUUGGCCAAAGUGGAGGAUAUCCUGAAGAGACCUGACGUGGAUGUAAAUGGGCAGUGUGCUGGACAUACGGCCAUGCAGGCAGCCAGUCAGAAUGGUCAUGUGGACGUGUUGAAGCUUCUGCUCAAACACAAUGUGGACCUGGAGGCUGAGGACAAAGACGGAGACCGGGCAGUGCACCACGCAGCCUUUGGUGAUGAGGGCUCUGUCAUUGAGGUGCUGCAAAGGGGCGGAGCUGAUCUGAAUGCAAGAAAUAAGCGAAGACAAACUCCUUUACAUAUAGCUGUCAACAAGGGUCACCUACAGGUGGUCAAAACACUGCUGGACUUUGGCUGCCAUCCAAGUCUACAGGACUCUGAAGGGGAUACGCCUUUGCAUGAUGCCAUCAGUAAAAAAAGAGAUGACAUGCUGUCUGUGCUGCUAGAGGCCGGCGCAGACGUCACUAUCACCAACAACAACGGUUUCAAUGCUCUGCAUCACGCCGCCCUAAGAGGAAACCCCAGUGCGAUGCGUGUGCUGCUGUCCAAACUGCCCAGGCCGUGGAUCGUGGAUGAGAAGAAGGACGAUGGAUACACGGCACUGCACCUGGCUGCGCUCAACAACCACGUGGAGGUGGCAGAGCUGCUGGUGCACCAGGGAAACGCCAGCCUGGACAUCCAGAACGUUAACCAGCAGACAGCCUUACAUCUAGCAGUAGAGCGCCAACACACACAGAUUGUUCGGCUGCUUGUGCGAGCAGAGGCUAAACUUGACGUUCAGGACAAGGACGGAGACACGCCCCUCCAUGAAGCACUGCGUCACCACACACUGUCCCAACUGCGACAACUUCAAGACAUGCAGGACGUCAGCAAAGUGGAGCCCUGGGAACCAUCCAAGAACACUUUAAUCAUGGGCUUGGGGACCCAGGGGGCGGAGAAGAAGAGCGCAGCAUCCAUCGCCUGUUUCCUGGCAGCCAACGGAGCAGACCUGACCAUUCGUAACAAAAAGGGCCAGUCCCCUCUAGACCUCUGUCCAGAUCCAAGCCUCUGCAAAGCUCUGGCCAAAUGCCACAAGGAGAAGAGCAGCAGUCAGGUGGGCACACGCAGCCCCUCUCUCAACAGUAACAUGGAGAGUUUGGAGGAGUGCAUGGUGUGUUCAGACAUGAAGAGGGACACUCUGUUUGGGCCGUGUGGGCACAUUGCCACCUGCUCACUCUGCUCCCCACGGGUCAAGAAGUGUCUCAUCUGUAAGGAGCAGGUCCAGUCCAGAACCAAGAUCGAGGAGUGUGUGGUCUGCUCUGACAAAAAGGCAGCAGUGUUGUUCCAGCCCUGUGGUCACAUGUGCGCUUGUGAGAACUGUGCCAGCCUCAUGAAGAAGUGCGUACAGUGCCGGGCUGUGGUGGAACGCCGCACUCCGUUCGUUCUGUGCUGUGGAGGGAAAGGUAUGGAGGAUGAUGCCGCUCAUGAUGAUGAUGAUGAUGAUGAUGAUGAUGAUGAUGAUGAUGAUGAUGACCUUAGGAGCUCUAACAGUAUGGCGGGGGGGUCCCAGGAUCUUCUCCAGCCCAACAAUCUGGCUCUAAGUUGGUCGAGUGGAAACAUCCCAGCUCUGCAGAGGGACAAAGACAACACUAACGUCAAUGCAGAUGUUCAGAAGCUCCAACAGCAGCUGCAGGACAUCAAGGAACAGACCAUGUGCCCAGUGUGUCUGGACCGACUCAAAAACAUGAUCUUUAUGUGUGGCCACGGCACCUGCCAGCUGUGUGGAGACCGCAUGAGCGAGUGUCCCAUCUGCCGCAAGGCGAUCGAGCGUCGCAUCCUCCUCUACUGAGCCCUGCCCACCAUGGACUCCGCCCAUAUGAGACCCCUGUCCACUUGUGACCCCCGAGACCCCUGUCCACGAGAACUGAGCACACCCAGAAACUUGUACACCAGCCAGACCUAACGCUUGUCCAUUCUCUAUCUGAAGAUCUCCAUGGUCUUAUAUUCACUGCUCUUAAAAAGUGACUGAUGGAUUCCUGUUACAAAUCUACAAAUGGACUCUUAUCAUGGAGUACCAGUUCACUUUUGUGUUUUAACUGUGGUGGUCUAUACACUUGAACAUGUCAGAAGUGUAAAGCUGGAGAGGUCCAUGUACCUUUUUCCUUAUGCAUUUGUUGCAGUGAAGCCAACUGCAGUUUAAGUGGUAUUUUUAAAUCCAGCUGAAAAUGUAUUAAUAUCUAACUUGACAGCGGCCGGUAUUACCAUUCUUGUUAAAUAAUUCACAUUGUCUUGCUUGGUACUGAGACUGUAAACCUCAAGCAUAACAUUACAGGCACCAGCUAAUGAUAAUGCCCCCUAUUCUAGAUACUGUGUUGAUGUAGAUAUAGGGAUGGGCCAUAUUGAAAAUGAAUAUCUUGAUAUUUUUAUUGAAUAUCCCAAUGACAAUAUUCAGCUGAUGUUGUGUAAAUCCAACAACGAUGUGCUAAAAUAUGUCUUUAAAUGUAUUAGUCGAGAUUUAAGUGUCAGACAAAUUUGAACUGACUGAAAAAUGCCCAUAAAGUGCAGGAAUGUCACUUUCUUUGAGUAUAUUUUAAAAUAAAAAAUCUAAAAAAAUAAAUAAAUAAAAAAUCCAAAGGUGAACUCUGCCCUAUAAAUGUAAUAGUUUACAGAACCAGUACACAAUUUUAUUUUAGUUAUAGUAUCAAUUUACUAUCUGUUGUUGUUGUUUGUUUUUUAACAGCCCUAAAAUAGUCUGUCAUUGGGAUCAUUUAAAAAUAAGCAACACGAUCUCAUUUGUCAGUAUCACCGUAAAAGAAGAUUGUUUUUCACUUCUUCAGUUGUCACUCAGUGGUCGUAAUGUUAUGCUUGAUCUUAAAACCGCUUGGUCAGUAAAUAAUCCUGUUUUUGCUGACUUCUACUCGUGAUAACAUACUCUAGUCUGCAGCCACUUGCACCACGCCUUGUACUUUGUUUACCGAGCCGUACCAGUCACCAUUGACCGCCAUGUUGCAAGAGCUCCUUGGACUUCACUCCACCAAUGCUCAAUACAAAUCACCCAACCACUGUUGUAAAACCACAUUAUGCAAACAUUACACUGAAAAGUAUCCCGUCAACUUUACUCAGACUUUGUGGUAUUGUCCUGCUAAAAGAGUGUACAAUUUGAUUCACUAUGAUUACUUCAGUGCCAUCUGCUUCCAAAAAAUGUUAAAAUAGCUUGUGUGGAGAUAACGUAUUCAUCACUUAUUAUUUAAUUGUUUAAAUCAAACUUUAUCGAGCUAGAGAGUACAAUCUAUUAGUAAACAAAGACAGAGGUAUAGUAUAAAUUAUUUCUUGCUGCCCAAGAAUAGGAUUUAUAGAUUCACUGCCUUCCUCAAAACUGUAUGUAGCCUCAAAUUUUACAUCCUGCUUUAAUAAAUUCUAUGUUUUGUUUGUAAUUUUAUGAUCAUUUGUUUUUGCUUUUCUAUUGUGUUGCAAUAGCUUUCUAGCAAUCAUCUGUAGAAACUUUUACUAAAAAAAAAUACUGUAGGUCUUAUUUGUGAAAAGAAAAGAUUUUGUUAAGGUAUUAUGUAUCUUCUGCUUGUUUUGGAAGGAAAGCUAAUGGUUUUUAAAGAAUUGCCUUACCUCUUUUAAAAUGGAUGUCGCCCACGUGGGGACUAGAGUGACCGGAUAUUAUGACUGCUAACAUUUUUUUUCUCUUAUGGACUGAAAGAAAAACUGUUUUAUUGAUAACACAUAAGCUAGAAGCACUAAUUGGCUUUAAGUAGUGUUGUCUUGUUAUGGUUGUUUAAAAGAAAGCCUAUUUUGUACUUUAUUUUCGAAACUUGUAACUUUGUCCUGUCGCAAAUGUAUUCAUAGUAUUUUCUUUGGCAUGAAUGUGGACAUAUGCAGUGCAAACGGUCAGAUCUGUAUGGCUCAAAAGUGCUUUUAAACAAGCAUAUGGCAAAAAUAAAGCUAUAAAUGAA